AACAAUCAGAUCACUACAAUACCAGCUCAGAGUUUACCAGGCAACCUGACUCAAAUAUCCCUGGAAGAAAACCCGGUCACCACUGUGGAGGAAGCUGCUUUCGAUGCUUCAGCGUUUACUCUGACUAUUCUGGCCUUCUCUGACCCUCUGUUUACGAAAAUCCCAGACGCCUUUCUUCAUUUGCACGCGCUGUCACAACUGAUACUUGAAGACACAAACAUUACAGACUGGAACCUCAACGCAAUGAAGAACAUUGGCCAAACUCUGGAAAUGUUUUAUUUAUCACAGAAAAGUCUAGCAUUAUGGCCAGAAUACAUACAGUACUUUACUCAUUUGACCGUUUUAAGUAUCACAGAUACAUCCAUUGCAACAAUCCCGGACAAUGCAUUUGACAACAUCGCUAACAGUUUAACAUCGCUUGCUUUAUUUAAUAACAUGUUGAAGGCCAUCCCAAAGUCUCUUUCAAAAUUAACCGUUUUGCAAAGUUUAUAUUUAAAUGCAAACAAAAUCGUAGAUAUUGAAUGGCUACCUAUAGUUUCCAAUCUGCGUUCACUGGCACUUGACUACAAUAGAAUUACUGACGCCAAUCAGUUAAGUAAAAUAUUGAAAAGAUACACUGAGAGUCUAGAUGAUUUUGGUAUAACAAGUAAUCGAUUAACGGUCAUCCCCGAUUUUUCUUUUUUCCAGAAUAUAGAGCAAUUUUAUUUUACAGGUAAUCGGAUAAACGACCCGUAUUCGGGUUCCCUACCUGUAAAUAUUUCUGUACUAAGUUUUGCCAAUAACUCAUUGCCCUCAAUUCCUAGUAUCGUUUUAAAGUUAAAAUACGUAACAGAGCUACUCGUAACACAAAACAUAAUUCAUGAAAUGAGAGGUACUGAGAUACCUCAGUGGAUUAAUAUGAUUGAAAUCGAUUAUAAUUUCAUUACAGAAAUAACUGAAACCAGUUUCCCAGAGAAAUCAAGUUUGACAUAUUUGAAUAUAAACUAUAACCCGGUCUCACGGAUAUCAGAUGCUGCCUUUAAAAACGUUCAGUUAUUAAAUGAACUAACGAUAAGGGGAUCAAAACUAACACGGGUGCCGCUGGCGUUUCGGUCCCUUGUAAAUAUGAACUUCCUCGACGUUAGCGACAGCAGAAGUCUAGUCUGUACGUGCUUGGAGAAAGGUUUAAGUUCAUGGAUUCAGAGAUUGUCUAGUUUCAGUAUUAAUGGCAACUGUGGUGAUAUUUCUAUUUACUUCUUCUUUGUUACUCUAGGUCCUUCCUGUCCCACAAAUUAG